AUGGAACACCUUGAAUGCGAAUAUAAUCUUCCAGUAGAUCUGCUCAGAGAAAUCUUGGUGAGGUUUCCAGUGAGGCUUCUCUGGCAACUGAAGAUCGUAUGUCGUUCAUGGAACUCUCUAAUCUCCAGCCCUGAAUUCGCCAUGCACCACCUUCAACGCUCAACGCUAACUCAUCCGCCGCCCCUAUUGCUGUGUUGGAAGGUACCGGUGGGACUGGCGGGCGACAUCAAGCAUUGCUCUUCGCAAUCUCUUAUUCUUGAUCGCCAACAUCAGCCCCAGCCCGUGUCACAUCCGGGUGACGGAAAAUUCAUCAGGGGAUCUUGCAACGGAUUGCUCUGCCUGUCUGAAGGUUUUCCCUAUAAAACUCUUACUCUUCUCAAUCCCAGUACUCGUUCGGUAUCCCCAUCCGUUCCAUUCGAGGGCUCCGACGAGUGCGGAAACGAUUUUUUUUGUGGCUUUGGCUAUGAUAUUCUGCAUGACCAGUACAAGCUUGUUAUGGGUUGUUGUGCCUCGUCUCGUCUAACUGAUUCCAAGGUGAGAUCUGGCGCUAUAGUUUUCACUUUUGGUGCAAAUCCUUCUUGGAAAACUGUUGAUCAUCCGGUGUUUCCGUACGAUUUUCGUGGCCCAAGAAAUGAAAUAUUUGUGAGCGGCACUCUCAAUUGGCUUGUGUGUGAUCCUACUAGUAGUACUAUAGAUAGUGAAUUGGAGUGGUUCGUUCUUACUUUCGACUUGGAAACAGAAUUGUUUGGUCGAUUUUGUCUGCCUAUUACUAGAAUGCACCGUGACUUCUGCGAGAUGCCUCCCUUGCAAGUCCACAAUAACUGUCUUUCUGUUUGUUAUCGCACUCCGUAUGAGCCAAUUAUUUGCACUCUCUGGAUAAUGAAGGAGCAUGGAGAUGAAACGUCUUGGAUUCAAUUGUUCGCAAUCACAUCCGAUGUUGGAAUCGAUCGAGGUUCUUUGGUAGCACCCCUGUAUAUAUCAGAAGAUCAUAAUCUUUUGGCACUAGAUACUGGCCAAGUUCUUGUGUAUAAUUUACGUCAAAACCAACUGGUUUCUCGUGUGCGUCACAGAUAUGAUUGGGUAUAUUUAUAUCGUUGCCUGGAGAGCUUGGUCUCACCAUCACAUUAUUGUGGUCUUAAUUAA